GCCGCCGCCGCCGCCCCUCCGCGGGGCUUUAUGCUGCUGCGCUGCGGAGGAUGCACGGAGGAUAAAUGGUGCCCAAGGCGGACAGCGGCACCUUCCUCCUCCUCUUCCUCCUCGUGCUCAGCAUCACCGAGCCGCUGCGGCCAGAGCUGCGCUGCAUCCCAGGGCAAUUUACCUGCCGCAGUGGCUCCAUCCAGUGCAUCCCAUUGAACUGGCAGUGUGAUGGAUGGCCCACCUGUGAGGAUGAGAGUGAUGAGAUUGACUGUCCAAAUUUUACAGGUGACCAGCGAAUGUACCACGUGAAGGAGAAUGUAGAUUCCAGACAUAACCGUGGAAGAGGAGGGGACACGACCCGCUUUCACACAGUCAACGUGGCCCAGCCGGUUCGGUUUAGUAGUUUCCUAGGGAAGUGCCCGUCGGGAUGGCAUCACUAUGAGGGCACCGCCAGCUGCUACCGGGUGUACCUAAACGGCGAGAACUACUGGGAUGCCGUGCAGACGUGCCAGAGGGUGAAUGGCUCCCUGGCCACCUUUACCACGGACCAGGAGCUCAAGUUUAUCUUGCAGCAGGAGUGGGACUCCGAAGAGAAGGUCUUUGGGAAGAAGGACCAGCGCAGGUUCUGGGUUGGAUAUCAGUACGUAAUCACCAACCGAAAUAAUUCUCUAGAAGGUCACUGGGAGGUUGCUUACAAAGGCUCGUCAGAAGUCUUCCUGCCCCCCAACCCUACAUUUAGUACAUCCGUAUCCGAAAAUGGAAACAUCCUUUGUGCACAGUUUCAGUGCUCCCACUACCCGGCCCUUCGACACCGUGGUUUUCACAGCUGGUAUGCUGAAAACUGCUAUGAGAAAUCUUCGUUCCUUUGCAAAAGAAGCCAAACCUGUGUGGAUAUUAAAGACAAUAUUGUUGACGAAGGCUACUAUUUCACCCCCAAAGGAGAUGACCCCUGCUUAAGCUGCACGUGUCACAAUGGCGAGCCAGAGAUGUGUGUGGCAGCCCUGUGCGAGCGGCCCCAGGGCUGCCAGCACUUCCAGAAGGACCCCAAGGAGUGCUGCAAGUUCACCUGUAUAGAUCCUGAUGGCAACAGCUUGUUUGACUCCAUGGCGAGCGGCAUGCGGCUCAUCGUGAGCUGCAUCUCAUCUUUCCUCAUCUUGUCUUUGCUGCUUUUCAUGGUCCAUCGGCUGCGGCAGAGGCGCAGGGAGCGCAUCGAGUCCCUGAUCGGAGCAAACCUGCAUCACUUUAACUUGGGCCGAAGGAUGCCUGGUUUUGACUAUGGCCCAGAUGGUUUUGGAACUGGGCUUACUCCACUGCAUCUUUCGGAUGAUGGGGAAGGCGGAGCGUUCCACUUCCACGACCCUCCUCCACCCUACACGGCUUACAAAUACCCAGAUAUUCAGCAUCCAGAUGACCCACCGCCACCUUACGAGGCUUCGAUCAAUCCGGACAGUAUCCUCUGUUCUCCUCCAGAUGGCAUGCAUUCGCAGACGGGGCAGAACAAUCAGCUCUCGCUAGGGAACGGGGACGUGUCUCCGCCACUCACAGAGGAGUCCCUUCCUCCUUCGGUUGGCCCUUCCCCAGUGGAACUGGCAGACUCUGCAGACAGCAGCACCCUCCUGGUGCCUCCCGGUACACCCUUAAGCGAAAGCACGCCGGCAGAGACCCUUUCAGCCCCCCGCCACAGUCGCUGUUCUCUCAAUACCAUUGUAUAAAGGAAAAUAAUGAAAGGAGAAAAAAAAAACCCUUACUGCCGGUCAGAAAUAAAUUUUGCACAACUCUUUGCACAGCAGAGGUAUGGACGGACACGAAUCCAUGGAUCGAACUCAGAAAUAAGCUCCACUAAUUGAUUUUGGACACUACUUUUAUGUUCUAGUUUAGAAUUGUGCCUAUCGGCUGUUGCUGGCAUUUCCAUUCUGGCUGUGUCACCCUCUUGAAAAAAAGGAUUAUGAAAGCUGCACUUUUUCUACUGGCUAUGGAAAAAGAGCAGAAGAUGUU